AUGUCUUUCAAUAUAUCUUUUCCUUCGGUCGAAGAAGUUCGCAAAUGGAGUCCGAAACAUGUCAUUACUUUUCUGGAGGCGAAAAAGGAAGAACUAUUUCUUGACGAUGAAGACAUCUCAUCUAUUAUCAGAACAAACAAAGUCGCUGGUCGACCAGCGGAAACGAUUGUAGAUAUAAUCAGAGAAAUUAAAGGCGAACCAGAAGCGUCUAUAAUCGUGAAUUAUGGUGUCUGA